CAACAACUUUUGACGUUGCAGAAUUACCGACGUGUUAGUUGUUAGAAUUUUCUAUCAACGUUGUAUUGUGUUGGAAUAAAUGAAAAUGUUCGUGAAAAGAAAAAAUGUAAAUUAAAUUUUUCAAUAAUUAUAAAAAUGAUGUGGUGUUAUGAUAGUUAAUAAUAAAAAAGACUGGACAACAUAAUAGUUGACGUUAAUUUUCAAAUUAUAUGUACAAGAAUCUAGUACAUACUUAAUCUUAAAGUGGAAAAGCUGUGAUAUUUUUUUGGAUUUCUACUAAAGUAAUCUAUUGAAAUUCCUUUCCAAAAUGUUACUCGGAAAGCUGAGAUAUCAUACAUAUAAAAUAGUGCUGUUAACAUCGAUUUUCUGGCUGCUACUUAUGGUUGUUGUUAUAUCCUUUUAUUCAAGUGAAUGUAUAGGGGGCUCAUGUAAAAAAGCAGCAGAAGUACAAAUAGGCGAACAAAAUGCUUUGAUUGCAGAUAAGAAAAUCGAAUAUGAGGAUACUGAUGACAUUGACAAUGGUGUUCGAAAAUACAAAGUUUCUCAGUUGCAUAGAUGGGAACCUGCUCCUUCAGUUCCAAAUGUACCUGGUAGACCAGGAGAAAUGGGGAAAGCCGUUCACAUACCUUCUUCUCAAGAAGCACUAAUGAAAGAGAAAUUUAAGCUGAAUCAGUUCAACUUAAUGGCUAGUGACAUUAUAUCUUUAAAUAGGUCUUUGGCUGAUAUCAGAUAUGAAGGGUGCAAAGACAAAGAAUAUCCCAAGUUGCUCCCAACCACUACUAUAGUUAUUGUUUUUCAUAAUGAAGCGUGGAGUACACUUCUUCGAACUGUUUGGAGUGUAAUAAAUAGAUCUCCAAGAUCUCUUUUAAAGGAAAUAAUUCUUGUAGAUGAUGCAAGUGAAAGAGAACAUUUGGGACGUAAACUGGAAGAAUAUGUUAAGAAGCUUCCUGUGCCUGUUCAUUUAUUGCGUACCAACAAACGUUCUGGUCUUAUUCGUGCCAGACUGCUUGGAGCCAAGAACGUGAAAGGUCAGGUUAUAACUUUCCUAGAUGCUCACUGCGAAUGUACCGAAGGAUGGUUAGAACCUCUUCUUGCUCGUAUCGUAGAGAAUAGGAAGACAGUUGUCUGUCCUAUAAUUGAUGUAAUAUCUGAUGAAACUUUCGAAUAUGUAACAGCAUCCGACAUGACCUGGGGCGGUUUUAACUGGAAAUUGAACUUCAGAUGGUAUCGUGUUCCUCAAAGAGAAAUGGAACGAAGAAACAACGACAGAACCUCUCCUUUGAGAACACCCACCAUGGCGGGUGGGCUUUUCUCAAUCGACAAAGAUUACUUCUAUGAAUUAGGUUCCUAUGAUGAAGGUAUGGACAUAUGGGGAGGAGAGAACCUGGAAAUGAGUUUUAGAGUUUGGAUGUGCGGAGGGAUCCUGGAAAUAGCGACUUGUUCUCAUGUAGGUCACGUGUUCCGCAAGUCGACGCCUUAUUCCUUUCCAGGCGGCACAAGCCGCAUCGUCAAUCACAACAAUGCCAGACUGGCUGAAGUUUGGCUGGAUCAAUGGAAGGACUUCUACUAUAACAUUAAUCCAGGAGCAAGAAAUGUUCCAGUAGGAGACUUAAAAGCCCGACAAGCAUUAAGGGAACAACUGAAAUGUAAAAGUUUCAGGUGGUACCUGGAGAAUGUUUAUCCCGAGUCCCAGAUGCCUUUAGAAUAUUAUUAUUUAGGAGAUAUACGUAAUGAAGAAGUUAGAAACUGCCUGGACACAAUGGGCAGAAAAUCAGGAGAAAACCUUGGCAUGACAUAUUGUCACAACUUGGGAGGCAAUCAAGUCUUUGCCUACACUAAGCGACAACAAAUUAUGUCGGAUGACAACUGCCUUGAUGCUAGUCACAGAAAUGGGCCUGUAAGAUUAGUUAGAUGCCAUGGAAUGGGGGGUAACCAAGCCUGGUUAUACGAUGAAAAUCUCAAGACAAUCAAACACUUGAACACAGGCAGUUGCCUGCAAAGGCCAGCGCCAAGUGAUAUGAACACCCCACUUUUAAGACCUUGCAAUAGCGGUCCUGAGCAGAAAUGGGUGAUGGAGAGUGAUUUCAAAUGGCAAGCCAAAAAUCACGAAGAGAGAUGAGUAAGGAGAUUUUCUCAAGUGAUACGAAGAAGAGGAGCUUCUUCAUAUCCUUAAGUAGAAUGAGAGGCUGUAAUAAUUUACGUACAUUUCAUAAAAAACACUGCAAUACAAUAAUCCGAAGGAAAAAAACGUUGAUCAGGAGAUUUUUCAUUUGAACUUCCUUGAUUGAUUCUAAUACCCGUGUUUUUGUUCUAUUGAGUUAUGAAAAGAACUAUAAAGGUAUUUGCGAUGUACUUACAAAAAAUAAUAAUUCUCACAUAUUAUCAAGGUUAGAACAAUAAACUUUGAAGAGGAUUUGCAAUGAAAAAUUCUACAUAAUUUAAUUAGAUACAUUAUUUUCAAAUGAAAAGUCUUCUGAUGUAACAUUACUGAAUAUUUAGAGUUAUCAUCUAAAAACUAUCAAACAAUAAACAUUUAGAGCAAUGAGCUUGUACAGGGUUCCUCAACAAAAUGUAUUUAUAAAGAAUAACAUUCUUUAUAACAAUAUCAUCAGAAACAAUACAUUAAUAGCUAUGACUGAUAAUUUAUAAUAGUGAAGGAGAUAUUUCAUUUUCGAUUAACGUUUAAGGAAGCAAGUGAUUUCCAGAUUUAUAUUCCAUGAAAAGAACUGGAAUUUGAAAUUAGUGAAUAUUUCAUGGAAUAUUGAAUUUUUAAAAAUCAGAAUGAACAUGAACAAAAAUGAAAUUAUCGACAUUUAGAACAUUUUUGAAAAUCUCAAAUGAAAUGAAUAAAUUCCGUUUAAUCUCGAAACAAAUUUAUAUCAAAAUACAAAGGGGACUUUAUUAUUUUUAUGGUUGUGUUUUAAUUUAUUAAUUCUAUUUUACCAAUCUCCAAAGUAGCUAUUUUUUCAUAUCAAAAAUUAUUUAUGUAGGAUUUCAAUAGCUUGGAAUAAUGUUGAGUAAUAUUUAUAUAUUGUUAUCAAAUCUUAUUUGAAAAGGUGCAAUUACAUAAAGUACUACUAAAAUGUUAGUAGUAACUCUUGAAUUUAUUAUUAUGGAAAAUUUUCGGAGGUCUUUCUCUUAACACUUAAAGUAAUUGUAUUAAUAUUCAAUUUAAAUUAUUUUAUGUUGACAUAAUAAAAUUUGCAAUUGUAUGAAAUUAUAUCAAUGAAUAUAAUUUUUUUGUAAAAAAAUGUAUCUAGUUUUGAAUUUUUUGGCACUUAAUAAUUUAUUAUCAAACGGAUUUGAAUUUCACUUGAAUCUCUUUUAGAUUCAUAUCAUUAGAAUUUACUAUUAUUUAGUCAUAAGAGUUCAUAUACAUCUUUGUGAACAAAAAAAAUAUUGAUAAAAAAAACUUGUUGGAACAAAAUGAUUAGAAAAUGCAUAUAUAUUUAUUGUUUUCACUUGAAAUUUUUUUAAUUGUAAAUAGGUAUAAUGAUGAAUAAAAUGGUUUUUUUAUAA